UGUUCUCUCUCCCUCUCAUUUUACGGUUCUCCGGGUCAUAUCGACCUUCCUUUCAAUCUCUUCUGUUCCGCUUUCUUAGGACGCCAAACUCGGUCUUUUAGGUUCGAAUCCCCGCCUCGGCUGGAUUUUUGCUCGACGAUGUCGAACGCGCUUGACAUGUCGCUAGACGAUCUGAUCAAGAACAACAAGAAAUCUGGCAGCGGAAACAUUAAAGGGAAGGGGAGAGGAUCGAGCGGUCUCGGUCCAACACGCCGGCAGACGAAACGCUCCGGCAACCGGCCGGCCCCUUAUUCCGUCGGCAAGGCCCCAGAAUCGGCAUGGCAGCACGAUAUGUACUCCAAUCGGGUGCCAGCAUAUCCACCUCCCGUGGCUAGGGUUUCUUCAAUUGAGACCGGGAGCAAGAUCUAUAUCUCCAACCUUGAUUAUGGCGUCUCAAACGAGGACAUCAAGGAACUUUUUUCUGAAUUUGGUGAUCUAAAACGUUACACUAUCCACUAUGAUAGGAGCGGCAGAUCAAAGGGGACAGCUGAAGUUGUCUUUGCUAGAAAGGCUGAUGCUCUUGCUGCAGUUAAGAGAUACAAUGAUGUGCAGCUUGAUGGAAAGCCUAUGAAAAUAGAGAUUGUGGGAACAAAUACGGAGAAACCUGCUGUUAUCAAUCGGAUAUCUGGAGUUGGAUUUGGAAAUUCUAACAGAGUUCCAAGAAGUGUGCCAGAAAGGGCAGUUUCAGCGAGAAGAGGUGGUGGGCAAAGGAGAGGAGGCCGUAGAAGAGGUAAAGGUCGCGAGCAAGUCUCUGCUUCAGAUCUUGACGCUGACCUAGAGAAGUACCACGCACAGGCAAUGCAAGAGUAGCUGAAGCUUUUCUCACUCUUCAUAUUAUAUUUGCUUGUUUGCUUGAUGCUUGCUCAUGUUUUUUUUUAUCUGACGGAGGAAUGAAGCUGUAAACACCAGCCCUACUUUUUUGAAUCUAUUGUGCUCAGUAUUUUCCAUUUUAUCCUUAUUUCUUCUGUUGUAAAACAAGAUUUCUGAGAUUUGUGUUUGAGUUAAUGUAUCCGACUCAUUGAGUUGCUACGCUCAACGCCGUUUUGUGUUAGUUUUUUACUUUUAAUUCUUCUGUAAUUACAUC